AUGAUAAAAUAGACAAUAAUUUUAAAGUUUAGAAAUGCUUAAAAAAUAUAAAUUAGACAAAGUUAAAAUGUGAAGGUUAUUGGUAUUAAAUUAUUAAGAAUAGAGAAUAUUAGAUUAGGAUUAAGAAUUUAAUUUUUGGCAGAGAAAUACUAUUAAAUUGCAGAGAGAUAAAAUGAUGAUGUUUAUAGAGGAGAAAUAAUGA